AUGGAGAGCGCCCGGCCCAUCCUCUGCCUCCAGCUGUGGCUGUGGGUGCAGAGCUCUGCCCAGGAGCUCGACCCUGAGGGCAGGAAUGUCUGCAGUUUGGGGGGACAGAGAGUGCUGAGUGCCUUUCCUGCCACGACAGCCGUGUGCGAGGGGGAGGACGCCUGCAGGGAGGGCGAGGUGUGCGUGAAACCCGGGCUGUGCCGCUGCAAACCCGGCUUCUUCGGAGCAGACUGCAGCUCCCGCUGCCCCGAGCAGUACUGGGGCCACGACUGCAAGCGGAGCUGCCCGUGCCACCCCAACGGGCGCUGCGACCCCGAGAGCGGCCACUGCACCUGCGACCCCAACCACUGGGGAGGGCUGUGCCAGUUCCCCUGCCAGUGCGGCCCCCACGGCCGCUGUGACCCCCUGAGCGGCGCCUGCCACUGCGAGCCGGGCUGGUGGGCACCCAACUGCAGGAAGCAAUGCCAGUGCAACCCCUCCACCUCCCACUGCGACCCCCUGAGCGGGCUGUGCCGCUGCCUGUCGGGCUGGUGGGGCAGGAGGUGCAGCUUCAAGUGCUCCUGCAACGUCUCGCCCUGCGCGCAGGAGACGGGCAAGUGCGAGUGCCUGGCUGGCUACUGGGGACCGGCGUGCCAGCGGCGCUGCGACUGCGGGCACGGCUCCUGCAGUCCCGUCACUGGCCACUGCACCUGCGAGCCUGGCUACCAGGGCAGGAGCUGCCGGGACCCCUGUCCGGCAGGGAAAUACGGAUCUCAGUGCGUGCACAGCUGUGGGAGCUGCAAGCGCAGCCAGCCCUGCUCGCCCGUGGAUGGUUUCUGCCUGGCCUGCCAGCCCGGCUGGAACGGGACCCUCUGCAAGGAUCCCUGUGCUCCUGGGUUCCAUGGCGAGGGCUGUCUCCAGCUGUGUCCCCGCUGCCAGCAUGGGGAGCCCUGUGACCCCCAGACCGGGUUCUGUCUGCGCUGUGAUCCUGGCUGGACGGGUCCCAGCUGCAACAGCUCCUGCCCCGUGGGCACCUUCGGUGAUGGCUGCCAGUUCCUCUGCCCCGAAUGUGUUUCAGGAAGCUGUGACCCCGUGACAGGAGUUUGCAUCUGCCAGGCAGGCUACUGGGGAGACAGCUGCAAUGACACCUGUCCUGAGGGGUAUUUUGGAGUGAAUUGUUCCUCUCCCUGCCAAUGCUCCCGGGGGACCUGCGACCCUGUGCAGGGCGACUGUGUGCUGAGUUUGAAGGACCACGGAGCCCUUGCAGCUGCCAUCCUUGUCCCUCUCCUGCUGCUGCUGCUCUGUGUUGUCUGCUGCUGCUGUGGUGCUGGCUCAGCAGAUGCCAGAGACAGGUAUUUUUUCAUUUUUCAACCUUUGACACAAAACCCCUUCUCCUGUGUCCCUUGAUGUCCACCUCUUCUCUGCAGGGCGGCUGUGCCUGACGAUGAUGUGGUGGCCAGGAUGAAGCACCACGUGCAGGGGGUGCUGGCCAACCUCAGCGCUCUCGUGCCCUGCUUUAACCUGGGAGCCUCAAAACUUCCCAAAGUCACAGGUAAGCAAAGCAGAGCUGCCGACAGCACUCAGAAGUGCUGCAUUCUCUGCACUCUCUGUCUGGGGGGAAGCCUGAAACCCCUCUCCCCCCGACCACCCUGGGGUGCUCAAGUUCAGCUGGGUGUCUUUUCCUCCCCAGUUUCCCAUCACGACAUGGAAAUCCCCUACAACCCCAGCUUCAUCGAGCCCCCAUCUUCUGCGUGGGUUUCAGACAGCUCCUUCUCCUCCUUUGACACGGACAACGAGGGACCCGAGUACUCCGUCCCUCCCAGAGAAGGCAUCCCGCUGCUGGGUGGGGCUGAGUUGCAGGAUGGAGCACCCCGCCCUGGCCAGGCGCUCCCGGACCCGUCCGCCUUCGACUCCGAGGAUGUCUCGCAGCCCUUCGCCAUCCCCCGCACCUCCAGCAUCGCUAAGGCCAAGCGGCCCUCUGUGUCCUUCGCCGAGGGGACAAAGUUCGGGGCGGCCGAGACGCCCAGCCCCAGCAGGAAGCCCAAGGCGCCUUGGGGCCCGUCCAGGCUGACCCCACCGCCCGGGGAUGCGGCGGCCGAGCCCCCCGGCGAGCGCCCGGCCAGCGACUGCUACGAGAACCCCGAGCCCCUCAGCAAAGGGGACGAAAGCCACCGGCCAUCGCCUCGGGCCACCCCGGGGGGACGGCGCAGGGUGGUGUCCAGCACCAGGCAUGUGGCUCAGAGAGUGGAGGCGCUGGAAGCAGCUGCGAAAGCCGGCAGCUGGGAGGCGAAGGGGAGGGAACCCGAUGUCACCACCAUCUACAUGGUGGUGGGAACGGCCGGGGAGGAUCCCAAGGCGGAGGGGACUGGCGAGGGUCCGGUCCAAGCUGUGCUGAAGCGUCUGGGCAGCUUGCAGAAGGGCAAGUGGGCUGCGAAGGAGGAGCCCAAAGUGAGGAGGAGCAUGGAGGCCAUCCAGAAACCUCCUCGGCGGGCCCUGGCACAGCGCAGGGACUCGGAGAACAGCUGCAAGCAGAGGGAGAGUGUGCCCGGAGCUCCUGCCGAGUCAGCCCCUGGCAAGCCCCAGCAUACCGCUGCAAAGAGACUGUCCCUCCUCCUUGCGUCUCUCUCGUCAAAAAACACCGGUGCUCAGGACGGGGCCAGUGAAUCCGUAGGUGCUACAGAGAAGGGCAAAAGCCCGGAGUUUAUUGGCAGCCUGGAAAGGAAAGGACAUGCUGCGGCAGAGGAAGAACCAAAAUACGAGAAUGUGGCCAGCAGCGGGGCUGAUUCGCCCUCCGGUCCCGGCAAAGAGCUGCUGGCCACCCCUCCGGCCACCUGA